GUCCCCCAGCUGCCAGUCCACGGUGCUCCCCGAAAUGAACCCAGGUGUCUUGGGAGCCCAGUGUCAUUUCGGAGUCUCUUCUCAGACUCUUAUCCCUGCAACUCAGGCUUUGGAGUUGUUUGGUGACCCUUCCCCCAAAGUUUCGACUUCCCUAUCAAACCCCUUCGUCUCCCAGAACCCAGGCAUCCUGGUCCAUCCAAUUACCGGUUACAUCUUUUUCCAGCCCUCUGUUCAUAGCCUGAAGCUAAGCGGUUCGUCACUCAGAGAAGGGAAAAGUUCUAGUUUGCCAUCUCCAGGAUCUCUCAGGAAGCCCAGAUGCUCGAGUACUGGGCAGGGGUCUCUGCCCCUCCCUGGGGGAGGCGGGUCGCCAGUGACGUCACGGGGGCAUUCGCGGCCUCUUUAAGACCCCUGCCUCCGCCCCCUUUCCCCAUACUCUAUCCUGAUCUUUGACUGCACCCGUUGCUUCCUAGGCAGGUCUUCUCUAAGCCUGCAUCCAUGGCUUCUGCUGGCCUCCAGCUCCUGGGCAUCAUCCUUUCAUUACUGGGCUGGAUAUCAGGCAUAGCCGCCUGUGCCAUGCCUAUGUGGAAAGUCACAGCUUUCAUUGGCAAUAACAUCGUAGUGGCCCAGGUGGUGUGGGAAGGCCUCUGGAUGAAUUGUGUGGUCCAGAGCACUGGCCAGAUGCAGUGCAAGGUGCAUGAUUCCAUGUUGGCCCUGUCUCAUGACAUCCAAGCAUCUAGAGCCCUCAUGGUUGUAGCUCUGCUUCUGGCCCUGGUGGGCCUGCUGAUCUACCUUGCUGGGGCUAAGUGUACCACGUGUGUAGAAGAUGAGGAACCGAAAGCUCGGCUCGUACUGACUUCAGGGGUCAUUUUCCUCAUCACUGCAGUCCUGGUCCUGAUCCCUGUGUGCUGGACUGCCCAUGUGAUCAUCAGGAAUUUCUACAACCCCCUGGUGGCUGAUGCUCAGAAACGGGAGUUGGGGCACAGCCUGUAUGUGGGCUGGGCAGCUGCAAGCCUUUUUAUAUUAGGUGGGUCACUGCUGUGCUGCACUUGCCCCUCGGGCAACUCGAGAAGCACAAGCCAUUAUGUGGCCCGGUACUCUGCUUCUGCUCCUCCCGUGGGCUCCAGAGGUCCUUCUGAAUACCCAACCAAGAAUUACGUGUGAAUCUGGAAAGGGGCAGAAAGCAACAAAUGACUCCCUAAGAUAAGGGAAGUCCUCUUUCCCCAUCUUCCCUGUCAAGAUGAAGUUGCAGGUGAUCCCUGUCAGUCUUGAGAGUUUUAGUUUUUUCUUUUUUUUUUUAAACCCCUUGGAUGACUGAGCCAAGAACAUGACUCCACAUCUUUUCCUGGUCUUUACUGAUGCUACUGAUGUCUUCCAGACAUCCUUGGGUGAGUAGCUACAGAGAUGCUGCCUAAGAGCUCCAGCAUUUUUUCCUGGAUACCACAAAGAUCUAUGCUACUUCUCUGGAAAUGCUAGAACCCUCUUUGGUUGUGGGACUGAAUUCUAAACCUAUCAAGUGCAAAGUUCUCCAGUGUGCUCUGUCUUUGCCAUUCCCAACUCCCAGGAAAACAGGACCACCAAGAUUCCACUAGCCUUUCUCGGUCUCCAUGGGAACUGUGAUAGCUACUAUGAUUCUCCUGGACUCCCAGAAGGCAAGGAAGUGAUCUCCAUGCUGGCUCUUGUAUCCAGCUUUUAACAUAUUCCUCCUAAUCCAGAAUCCAGCAAAUACUUCCCCCACCUUCUCACCAUGCUGGUGCCUUCCCUCCCUGUCUCUUUUUGUGGAGUUUCCAUGGUUUGAGAUUUUUAGAGAAUAAAAUGUGUCUUGCUAAA